AUGAAUCCUAAUCGUAGGUAUCAAGACAAUAACUGGUUGCCAGAGGGCUUGGCUUGGCCAUUUAACGUCAAGUUGUUGGCACAGACUGACAUUUCUGAAGGCCCUCCCACGGGUGGGACUUUGGGCCGGGGACGAAAAGUGUUGUAUGUGCAACGGAUAUGUCUCCUUAAACUUGACAAAGCCGAGGACUUACUCUCCUUCCUAGGAAUUCGUUUGACAGUUGCCAAAUCGAAGCCCAUCGACAUGGAUAUGCACAAGGAAUCGGAAGCGAACGACAAGUUCAUAGUAAAAUAUCGUCAGCAGUAUUAUGAUUUGUCCAAUUUUAUGCACAAGCAUCCGGGCGGCAUAAACACUCUGAAGGGUCUUAGCAGCGGUGACAUGACAGCUCGAUUUCUGAAGGCUCCCCCACAUUCGGAUGCAGCUAUGUAUUUGAUGAGGGAGUAUAAGAUCGACCCAGAGGAUUCCCGAAAAAGGAGGUCAAGCCAUAAUGGAGAUAUCCAGGAAAGUAAUGGGGAGCUAAGGCAACGGCCGAGGGAAACCGAGGAUAAGAACAAUAAUCAGGUGGACGAGAGCAUGGAGCACUUGGUGGACUGGUCGAAGGCCAUGCUUCCACAGAUCGCAAACAUAACGGACUGUUAUGAUGAGUGGGUGCACAAGCCGGUGGACAGACCACUGCGACUCUUUGGUCCUUGGUAUUUGGAGAUGUGUACAAAGACGCCGUGGUGGUUGGUGCCUUUAUUCUGGAUACCAGUGAUCGUAAAGUGUGGAUGGGAGGAGUUAUAUAGCUGCUGGCAUGAUAGAAACCAGCUAGCGGUAUUCGCCGGCUACUUUUUGUUUGGUGUGCUCCUUUGGUCCUUCUUGGAGUACACCCUGCACCGAUGGGUGUUUCAUGUGAAGCUUAGCAGCAACAGCGGAAAAUGGAUAUGCACCUUCCAUUUUAUGAUCCACGGUCUGCACCAUAAGGUGCCCUUCGAUCCGAUGCGACUGGUUUUUCCCCCUCUUCCGGGAGCAGUUCUUGCUGCGAUCAUCUACACUCCACUUAGCUUCAUUCUUUUGCAUCCGCGAGUGGUGCUUUCCGGAGCUUUAGCCGGUUAUCUGUGCUACGAUAUGAUGCACUACUACCUGCACUACGGGAACCCUUCCUUAGGGGCCUUUGUACACAUGAAGCGGUAUCACCACCACCACCACUUCUCGCACCAAACUCUCGGAUACGGCAUCAGCAGUCCUUUGUGGGAUGUCGUUUUCAAAACAAGAAUCCAUCUUCGCAAGUUGAGAUACCAAUUGCGCUGGUCUUAGCCGCAAUCUGUAGCUAUCAUAUCCGAGUGCUACUAGAGAACAAAUUAAGCUCAGCUAUCAAAGCAACACAGUUGCUGCUAAACAAAAUUUCAAUCAGAUAUUCGCUUAUGAUGAAUAUUGUUUUGAAUAAAUACUGAGUACUAGGUUUAAUAAUAAUUUGUAAGUUAUACUUAUUUCUAUUUAAAAGGAAUAAACUUCCCAUGAUACCAAAGAACAAAUCAACUCUCCCUUAAAAUCGAAAUUCUAUCAAAAUAUUUUAUUUGAAAUACAAUCAUCAAU